GAAAUUCCUUUUUCCCUCCCCAAUAAAUAUUGUGCCCAUGCCUUCCUCUUGAAACACUCAACAGGCAACACUCUCACUUAGAACUUUUCCCUUAAAAUUUCCCCCUUGAAAAAUAAGAGCAAGAGAGAAGGAAAAAAAUUAAAGAUGGUGAAGUUCUCCAAGCAGUUCGAGUCCCAGCUUGUGCCGGAAUGGAAAGAGGCCUUUGUGGAUUAUUGGCAGCUCAAAAGAGACCUCAAGAAAAUCCAUGUCCUCAGCAACAACACCACUGCAAAUAAGCAACAACAGACCUCUUUCCCAAACACCCUCUUCUCUUCUCUUAGGAACUCUUUGUUUGGCCAUCAACAUAGAGAACAUGGUGCCAUUCAUGUUCACAAGAAACUCGCAUCCUCGGUUAGCAACGAGGACAUGUACGAGACCGAACUGGCGGAGGAGUUCGCGGAAACGGAUCACGCGGCGCACGAGUUCUUCGCUUGUUUGGACCACCAGCUCAACAAGGUGAACCAGUUUUACCGGACGAAGGAGAGAGAGUUCCUUGAGAGAGGAGACUUGUUGAAGAACCAAAUAGAGAUCCUCGUCGAGCUCAAAAACGCGCUCAAGCAACAGCGCCGGAGGAGCUCUUCGUCCCAUGACUCCAAGGAGGAAGUCUCCAUUUCCGGCACCAUUUCAUGUGACGAAGAGUCAAACAGGGGAAAGACAGGGGAAGAACAGGGGAAAGAAAACAAAACAGAGGAACUGGACAAAAACGAGCCUGAAUUCAGCGACUCUGCGAAGCCCGAUGAGAUGGGAAGAUCAAUGAGUGUGAAGAGGGAAGAAGGGAGAAUGAAGACUGUCUCGGGCCGGGUUAUCAAUUGCCAGGGGAAGAACCUGAGGAUCCACAUUCCUCUGACGAACCCGUCUCGAACGUUCUCGGCAAUCACUUACUUACUGUGGGAUGAUCUGAUCAAUCAGUCCUCCAAGAAAUGUGGCCCUGAGGGAUACAGACUGCACAUCAACAGAGCAAAGCUUCAUCAUGCGGAGAAGAUGAUCAGAGGAGCUUUCAUUGAGCUCUAUAAAGGACUUGGUUACCUCAAAACUUUCAGGAACUUGAAUAUACUUGCUUUCAUGAAGAUUUUGAAGAAGUUGGAGAAAGUUACAAACAAACAGGUCCUUCCCAUCUAUCUAAAAGUAGUUGAAAGCUCCUACUUCAACAGCUCAGACAAGAUUAUGAAGUUAGAAGAUGAAGUUGAGGAUAUUUUUGUCAGACACCUUGCUGAAGAUGAUAGAAGGAAAGCCAUGAAAUACCUUAAGCCAACUCAUAGGAAAGAGUCCCAUACAGUAACUUUCUUUAUAGGGUUAUUCGCCGGAGGGUUCAUUGCACUUUUAGCUGGAUAUGUGAUAAUGGCCCAUCUAACUGGAAUGUAUAGGCCAAAGUCUGAUACACUCUACAUGGAAACUGUUUAUCCAGUGCUUAGCAUGUUCAGCCUACUGUUUCUGCAUUUCUUUUUGUACGGCUGCAACAUCUUCAUGUGGAGAAAAACUCGUAUAAAUUACAGCUUCAUCUUCGAGCUAGCCCCGACAAAAGAGCUCAAAUAUAGAGAUGUGUUCUUGAUCUGUACCACAUCGCUGACUGCUGUAAUAGGGGUGUUGUUUGCUCAUUUGGCACUUGUAGCUAAAGGGCAUUCCUAUGCUCAAGUUCAAGCAAUCCCUGCCCUUCUGUUACUGGUCUUCUUGUUGUUACUUGUGUGCCCCUUCAACAUUUUUUAUAAAUCAAGCCGCUACCGGUUCCUUUGUGUGAUUAGAAACAUCAUAUUGUCACCUUUCUACAAGGUGGUUAUGCUAGACUUUUUCAUGGCUGAUCAAUUUUGUAGCCAGGUGCCGAUGCUUAGAAACCUAGAGUACAUAGCGUGCUACUACAUAACCGGGAGCUUCAACACUCAGGAUUACGGAUAUUGCAUGAGGACUAAAAAGUACAGAGACCUCGCUUAUGCUGUUUCCUUCCUACCUUACUACUGGAGGGCAAUGCAGUGCGCUAGGAGGUGGUUCGACGAAGGCCAAACAAGCCACCUUGUGAAUCUGGGAAAGUAUGUUUCUGCAAUGUUGGCGGCAGGAGCCAAACUGGCUUAUGAGAAAGAAAGCUCUAUUGGGUGGCUUUGUGUAGUUGUGGCCAUGUCAAGUGCUGCAACUGUUUAUCAGUUGUAUUGGGACUUUGUAAACGAUUGGGGUUUGCUACAAUUCAAUUCCAGGAACCCUUGGUUAAGGAAUGAAUUAAUGCUUCGCCGAAAGUUCAUUUACUACUGCUCCAUGGUUUUGAACCUUAUUCUAAGGCUUGCUUGGUUACAAACAGUUUUGCAUUCCAGUUUCAGUUGUCUUGAUGACAGAGUGACAAGGCUAUUUUUAGCAGCCCUUGAAGUUAUUAGAAGAGGGCAGUGGAAUUUCUACAGGUUGGAAAAUGAGCACCUGAACAAUGCUGGCCAUUUCAGAGCUGUUAGAACGGUUCCGCUGCCUUUUCAUGAAGUGGAUGAGGAAGACUAAUGCGCAAAUGGCAACAGUUGGUUUCCGAAUAGAAUUCAGUUUUGGCGGAUUAUACCAGUCCGUUUGGUUCAAAAAAGAACCUCAUUUCAAUUGUACAAGUUGAGAGGAAAGGAUGACAACUUGCUUGUCCUUGGGAGGGAUCAGAUUCGCGGGAAUGAGUCCAUACUUGUACACAGAAUUCUCUCGAAGUAGUUAUAUGAAAGUGAUUAUCCCUCGCGUUAAUAACCAGUUAACGCCUGUUUUA